GACUAUAUAAGUUUUACAUCGGAAAUGGGUACUGGCAUGUCCUAAAAAGUUCGGGAACAAGCGGAAUAUGGUGGACUACGAUUACAAAGUAAAAUGUGCUUCCGAGAGACAAAAAGUUGAGGACGAAUUUGAAUAUGAAGGGUGCAAAGUAGGAAGGGGAACUUAUGGCCAUGUCUAUAAAGCCAGAAGAAAAAACAGUGAUGGGCGAGAAUAUGCUUUGAAGCAGAUAGAAGGCACAGGAAUCUCAAUGUCUGCGUGCAGAGAAAUAGCACUUCUUAGAGAACUCAAGCAUCCAAAUGUUAUUUCCUUACAAAAAGUAUUUCUAUCACAUAGUGACAGAAAAGUGUGGUUAUUGUUUGAUUAUGCUGAGCAUGAUUUAUGGCACAUAAUUAAGUUUCACAGAGCAGCAAAGGCCAACAAAAAGCCUGUAAAUGUUCCUCGGAAUUUUGUGAAAUCUUUACUUUAUCAGAUCCUGGAUGGAAUACAUUAUCUUCAUGCAAAUUGGGUGCUACAUAGAGAUUUAAAACCAGCUAAUAUUUUAGUUAUGGGCGAAGGUCCAGAGAGAGGCCGGGUUAAAAUAGCUGAUAUGGGUUUUGCCAGGUUAUUCAAUGCACCUCUCAAACCAUUGGCAGAUUUGGAUCCAGUGGUUGUUACCUUCUGGUACAGAGCCCCAGAGUUACUGUUAGGUGCAAGGCAUUAUACUAAAGCAAUAGACAUUUGGGCUAUAGGCUGUAUAUUUGCAGAGCUUCUGACCUCAGAACCUAUCUUUCACUGUAGACAGGAGGACAUCAAAACCAGUAAUCCAUAUCAUCAUGACCAGCUUGAUAGGAUAUUCAAUGUGAUGGGAUUUCCACAAGACAAAGACUGGGAAGACAUCAAAAAGAUGCCUGAACAUCCAACAUUAAUGAAGGAUUUCAAGAAGUCCAGUUACGUAAAUUGUACAUUGACAAAAUACAUGGAAAAACACAAGGUGCACCCAGACAGCAAAGCAUUCCGUCUUCUCCAAAAACUUCUUACAAUGGACCCUACUAAAAGAAUAACAUCAGAACAGGCAAUGCAGGAUGCUUACUUUAUGGAAGACCCCUCACCAUGUCCUGAUGUGUUUGAAGGUUUACCAAUUCCUUAUCCAAAGAGAGAAUUUAUAACAGAUGAUGAACCUACAAAUGACAAUGAGAAAUCUGAUAAUGCAAGCAAGGCCACAGGGGGAAAUGACCAGUCGUCCAGUCACGGCCAGCCACCUGCUAAACGUGUUCGGGUCAUGCAGCCCAAUACAAAUAAUGGAACAAUGGUAUCUAAUGAGUAUCAGAGAAAUGUUCAUGGAAUGCCAGGAAACCAAGGCCAACAGCAUUCAUAUUCCUCAACACAAAGCACUCAGGGAACUAAUUCCACAGUAUAUGGGCAGACAAGAUUUUAAUACAAAUUUGACAGUUUUUUAAGGAUUGAUAAUCCCAAGAUUGCAUUUAAUAACUUAUCUAGAAGACAUGUUUGCAACAUGCAUUAACAAACAUUGCCUUAUGGAAGAAAUCAUAAUGGGAGUCUCAUUUUGUUUGUAGUAAUGGUAUGCUUCGUUUAAGAAAACAGUAAAUACUUCAGUUCAGAAAGGCAUUCGUUUUUGAGGCUAAUAUGACAGAUGCUGGUUGCUACAGUGGAUGUUGAACAGACUGUUUCAAAGAUAAAUAUGUCACUAAUUAUGAUUAGAAUCAAGUACCAUAUUUAAUUGCUAUUUGAUUUUUUUAAUGUGGAUAGGUGUAAACAAAUUCCUUCAGGUUUUCAGGAAAUAAAUUAAUAGAAAAUGCA